AUGGCGAGUGAAGAUGUCGGUGAUGCCCGAGCCAUCCUGGAGCUCAACUUCCAGUAUGAUAACCUCUCCGGCACCAGCGGGAUGGAGGUGGAUGACCGCAUCUCCUACCUGGAACAGCGACUCCAGCUGCAAGAAGACGAGAUCCAGGUGCUGAAGGCAGCCCUGGCCGACGUCCUCCGUCGCCUCACCACCUGCGAGGAGAACGGGCUCAGCCUGCAGAAGAGGGGGCCCAACAAAGUGUACCAGCUGCUGCGGGGUCUGCCCUCCAGGCCCAGCUUGAGCAAUGGGAUUGUGCCGCAGAGGAGAGGCUACUCCACGUCGCCCUCGUCCCCCAAGAGAGAGCUGCUACCCGGGAAAAGCAAACCUAAGGAAGCCUCCUUCAAUGCUGAGGAUGGUUACGUGAAGAUGUUCUUGCGGGGACGCCCCAUCCCGAUGUUUGUCCCCGAUGCCGUCGUUGCCACCUACAGCCUGGACGCCAAGCUGGAGCUGCCGCAUAAGAAGUUGAAGCUGGAUUGGGUUUAUGGGUAUCGGGGCCGAGACUGCCGGGCCAACCUUUUCCUGCUGCCUACAGGAGAGAUUGUGUACUUUGUGGCUGCAGUGGCCGUCCUCUACAAUGUGGAAGAGCAACGCCAGCGCCAUUAUCUGGGCCACACAGAUGACAUCAAGUGCCUGGCUGUGCAUCCUGAUAUGGUCACCCUAGCAACUGGACAGGUGGCCGGGACUUCUAAAGAUGGCAAGCCACUGCCCCCCCACGUGCGAGUCUGGGACUCUGUCAGCCUGAACACGCUUCACGUCCUGGGGCCGGGGCCCUUUGAUCGCGCCAUCAGCUGCGUGGGAUUCUCCAAAUCUAACGGAGGAGGCCUUCUGUGUGCCGUCGACGACUCCAACGACCACGUCUUGUCUGUCUGGGACUGGCAGAAGGAGCAGAAGUUGGCUGAUGUUAAGUGCUCCAAUGAGUCUGUGCUGGCGGCCACCUUCCACCCCACAGAGCCCACGCUGCUGAUCACGUGCGGGAAAUCCCACAUCCACUUCUGGACCCUGGAGGGGGGCAGCCUGAGCAAAAGGCAGGGCAUCUUCGAGAAACACGAGAAGCCCAAGUACGUCCUAUGUGUGGCUUUCACGGAGAACGGAGACACGGUGACCGGCGAUUCUGGAGGGAAUCUCUACAUCUGGGGGAAAGGGGGGAACCGGAUUUGCCACGCUGUGCCCGGUGCCCACGAAGGAGGCAUUUUUGGCUUGUGCGUCCUGCGGAACGGGACCAUUGUCACAGGAGGAGGCAGGGACCGGCGAGUGGUGCUCUGGGGACGGGACUACCAGAAGCUGCAAGAGAACGAGGUAAUGGGUGGCAGAGGAGGACACACACACACACACACACACACACACAAACGAAGCCGCCUGCCACCGACCCAGCCCUUCCAUCCAGCAAGAUCACUGGUACCUGGCCCGUGA